GCUGUCUGUUUGGCAGUGGAAUGUCGCCCCGGAAUGUAAUAUGCGCAGGCCCAGGGCCUAUGCCGAGUGGGCCCACCAUAAUCAUCUUCAUCAUCAAUUAGAGCAAGAGCAAGUCGGCAAGCAGCAGCAGCCGUCGCAGCAGCCGUAGCAGCAGCAUCACCAGCAGUGGCACUGGCAGCCGAAGACGUAACGAUAUAAAUACACUGGUGCAACGUUAUCAAACACGCGACUAACUAUGCAGCACUAAAAGCAGAAAGCGAUAACGAGCGAGAGAGAGAGAGAGAGAGAGAGAGAGAGAGAGAGAGAGAGAGAGAGAGAGAGAGUGGAAGAGAGAGGGAGGUGUGAGAGUGAAGAAAACGUAAUUCAAAAGAUUGGCAAUGCCAUCCGGUAUGAAAGUGAAAGCAUCAGCUGAGACGAUGCCAACGAGUUGAGAAUCGCAGAGAGGAGAGCAACAGCAAACAGUUAACUGCCGCCAAUAUGACGAGUCUUGGCCAUCUGGGCGUCUGUUACAGCCUAUUGCUGCUGUUAGUGCUAAGCGCCCAGCUAACUGUAGUACGAUGUAAGCGCAAGGAAAUGCUCGCUGGCCGCUUAGAGAAUGUUACGCAGACGAUCUCAAAAAUAUUGCAAGGAUACGAUAUACGGCUGCGUCCCAAUUUCGGGGGCGAGCCACUGCACGUGGGCAUGGAUUUGACUAUAGCCAGCUUUGAUGCGAUCUCCGAAGUUAAUAUGGAUUAUACUAUAACAAUGUACUUGAAUCAGUAUUGGCGCGACGAGCGCCUGGCUUUCAACAUCUACGGCCCGUACUACGAUUCCGAUGCCGACGACGAUGGGGUCAAUGAUGUGCUGACGCUAUCUGGCGACUUUGCCGAGAAGAUCUGGGUGCCAGACACAUUCUUUGCCAACGACAAGAACAGCUUUCUGCAUGACGUCACCGAGCGCAAUAAGCUGGUGCGUCUUGGUGGCGAUGGCGCCGUUACCUACGGCAUGCGCUUCACCACUACACUCGCCUGCAUGAUGGAUUUGCACUACUACCCACUGGACUCACAGAACUGCACCGUGGAAAUCGAGAGCUAUGGUUACACGGUCAGCGAUGUGGUCAUGUACUGGAAGCCAACGCCGGUACGCGGCGUCGAGGACGCCGAACUGCCACAGUUUACGAUCAUUGGAUAUGAGACCAAUGACAGGAAGGAGCGCCUGGCCACUGGCGUCUAUCAGCGGCUGUCGCUCUCCUUCAAGUUGCAGCGCAACAUCGGAUACUUUGUGUUCCAGACGUAUUUGCCCAGCAUACUGAUCGUGAUGCUAUCCUGGGUAUCAUUUUGGAUUAACCACGAGGCGACGAGCGCUCGGGUGGCGCUCGGCAUCACCACCGUGCUGACGAUGACGACGAUCAGCACCGGUGUACGGAGCUCGCUGCCCCGCAUCUCCUACGUGAAAGCCAUCGAUAUCUAUUUGGUGAUGUGUUUUGUGUUCGUGUUUGCGGCACUGCUCGAAUACGCCGCAGUCAAUUAUACGUACUGGGGCAAGCGGGCCAAGAAGAAGAUUAAAAAGCUGAAGGAUUGUGAUCGACAUAAAAUAGGUAAAUUGGAGAAAUCCGAAACGUGUUCAACCACAGAAGACAUUAUUGAGCUGCAGGACGUACGCAUGAGUCCUAUACCUUCGUUGCGCAAAGGUAACUACAAUGUAACCCUCGGCUCCAUCGGCACCGAGACCAUGGACUUGGCCAAGUUUCCGCCAAGUUUUCGCAUAACACGCAACUAUGGAACAGGUCGCAGCCAGCUAAGACAUCGCGGCCAAAGAGCAGGCAUCUCAGCGCGUCCACGCAUGAUGCACGCCAUUAAGAAGAGCGCCUCGGCCAUUAGGGCGACAAUACCGAAAAUCAAAGAUGUUAACAUUAUCGACAAGUACUCCCGCUUGAUAUUCCCGAUUAGCUUUUGUGCUUUCAAUCUCGGCUACUGGAUCUUCUACAUAUUAGAAUAAUUAGUUGCGGCUAAAAGUGUUAGUAACGUGUACUUACCCAAGUAUCAUUGCCCCUUCCACG